CAGACCCCUCGUCGUCCUCCUCCGACGCUGUCAAGUAAAAUUUCGGCGUAUGUUUGGGAGGUGGUGCGCUAGUGGGUCUCCAACGGGAAAUUGUUCAGCGACUCUUACCACCAUCAGGAGACUAGUGCGUUGGUCGUGCCGCUUUCUGGAAAGUUUGUGCGUUGUCGGGUCUCCUUGGGGGAAGUUCUUGUGGAUUUGGUUUCCCCAGCAGGAGUGUUGUGUGUUGGUCGUGAGCUGUGUGGCUAUGGUGUCCCCGGCGUGAAUCAUGUUUACGGGAUCAUCUGGAGGUGGAGGAGAGGGUGGUGUUAGCGCCUGUAAAAAUGGUUUAUAAACAGGUGAGGUUCCUGUAGAGAUAAUAAGUGGAGGAGGCGCUGAGAGGUGCAUGUAGAAGUGGUUAAUGAAGAAGUGAAGGAGGCGGUGAUGGGGGUGUGUGGGAGUGUGUGGCGACGCUGGUGGGGAGAUCCUCUUAGCCCUGAGUGGGGAUACCUCGACCAUUGCCUCUGCGCCGUGUUGGACCAGCCUCGUGAGAUGCUCCUAGACCAUCGUAGCCGCAGUGAGAUGACCCGUAUGGUUAGUGCACGGACUAAUGGUGCAACACCGCUAGUCAUGGCCUCCAAGAACGGACAUCUCUCUUGCGUUGAGUACUUAGUGGAGCGCUGUAAUGCUGACCUAGAACAAGUUGGGUCAGUUGUGUUUGAUGGUGAGACCAUAGACGGAGCUCCUCCUCUAUGGUGCGCUGCAGCCGCUGGUCACUUAAAUGUCGUGUCAUAUCUCCUUGAGAAAGGUGCUAAUGUCAACGCAACUACCAAGACCAACUCCACCCCUCUCAGAGCAGCUUGCUUUGAUGGACACUUCGAAAUAGUAAAAUAUUUAGUUGAACAUAAUUCUGACAUUGAGGUUGCUAACCGCCAUGGCCACACGUGUUUGAUGAUCGCUUGCUACAAGGGCCACUUUGAGAUUGCCAAAUAUCUUAUAGAAAUCACAGCAAAUGUUAAUCGCAAAAGUGUUAAAGGCAACACAGCAUUACAUGACUGUGCGGAAUCAGGUUCAUUGGACAUCAUGAAACUUCUUUUAGACCACAGUGCCAAAAUGGAUGUUGAUUCAUAUGGAAUGACACCUCUUUUAGCAGCGAGUGUCACAGGCCACACUCACAUCGUGGAAUAUCUUAUUUCUCGAACUGACCUGAUCUCCAGGAAGGAUAAGAUUGAUGCCCUGGAACUACUCGGAGCUACAUAUGUUGACAAGAAGAGGGAUAUGCUCGGAGCUCUCAGAUUUUGGAAGAUGGCUAUGUCUGAAAGGUAUGAAAAUGGAGUGAUGAUAUAUCCCAAGCCAAUACAACAAUCUCCAAUUGCUGCCUAUGAGAAUUCAAUAGAAGUGAUGACUUUACAGCAACUAGAAGAAAUAAUUUCUGAUCCAGAUGAAAUGCGAAUGCAAGCUCUACUAGUUAGAGAGAGAAUUCUCGGACCAGCUCAUCCCGACACAAGUUACUACAUCCGAUAUCGAGGGGCGGUUUAUGCUGAUACUGGUAAUUUUGAUCGAUGUAUAACACUCUGGAUGUAUGCCUUGGAUAUGCAACAGAAGAUCCUUGAGCCCCUAAGCCCAAUGACACAGAGUUCAUUUGUGUCAUUUGCAGAAUUAUUCUCUUUCAUGAUGAGUGAAGCUAAAAAUCGUGGCAGGAGAGUGCCAGUGGUCAACUUCUGUGAUAUGAUGCGAGUGUUUGAAAAGUGCUUGCGGGAGGUUGAAGUGGGCAUGUAUCAGCUUACCAAAAUUGUAAAUGGCUGUAAUGGCAUGUUAGCUAAUGGAGGGGAGCGAGAUACCACGUACUUUCAUCGCACACUUGUCAUAACUAUGCAUUUGGUUUGCUUACUCACUAAAUUGGGACCUGGUUUAACUCCCCUCCAGCGACAUGCUAUGAGGAAAGCAGUGUAUCAGUUAGUACGACUAGACCCAUGUGGGUCAGGAGGGGUGACUCCUUUGCAUCUGGCUUGUUCACGGGACUCUUCAGCAACGGUUGGAAGAUUCCCUAUCUGUACCUUCCCAAGUCUGGAGGUUGUAGCUUUAUUAUUGGAAGUUGGUGCAGAUCCCUGUGCCACAGACCAGCAGGGCAAUACUCCUCUACACACGCUAGCUAGUAACAAGCAGUGCCGACGAGAGCUGCUCACUGCACUCCUAGCAGCAGGUGCCCAUCUUGAUACUCUCAACAGAACUGGCCAGAGCUUUGCUUCUUUACGUGCCUCUCGUGGGCAACGACUUCACCAACUGAUAAACCCUCUUCAGCAUACCUCCUUACAGUGCCUGGCUGCUGCCACUCUCCGUAGACACGGCCUUCCGUACGAUACAAUCUUGCAUCCGCGACUCGCACAGUUCGUAGACCACCACUGAUCCCUUCUGUAAAUAGCUCAGUGAGGUAUCCCACUCCUUGUAUAUAAAUUUAAUAAUUAAGCAUGUGUACAUAUAUACAUAAUCAUUAUCUUUACAUUUGAGUAAAGGCAUAUGUAGCCAUAAUUGAUUGGGUGAUGUAUGACAUCAUCUCCAAGUGGCAUUAUAUUGUAAGCAGCCGAACAUUAUGUUGAUCACUGUGGUGUAUAGCUAGUGACCUUCCCCAGGCUGUCAUUUUCCUAGAGGCUCCCCACUCUGCAGAACUUGAAAUGUCAAAGCUCUGCUUAUUAUGUCUUUAAAAAAUAUUCAGUGAUAAAGUUUUAAUGAUUAUGAAAUUUUGACUUAAUCCAUAAUAUAAUGUACAGGUUUAUUUGAAACUCAUUACUUUAAAUAAUUAUUUGUUUGAUAUAAUCAAUCUACCAGUAUUUAACUGUUCAUAAGUACAGAGAGGUCAUGUAGCAAAUUUUAUCAAUUUGACACCAAAAACUGAUAAAGGAACAAGCAUGACUUCCAGAUUUUUAAAAAUAUUUUUUGCCAUUCAAAAUUUACAAUAAAUUUUACUCUUUUUAACCCACUGAGCAGUGAGUAGUCAAGUCCUGAGUGUAGUGGCUUGAGGUUGAGUGAUGACAUUGGGAAAUGUCAAUGUAACUUUCCAUGGGAGUGAUAUCAUGAAAAGAUUAUUAGGAGUGCAUCAGGUGCUAUGAUGUCUUCUGAAGAGAAAACUCAUUAAUUGGAUUUGCAUUUAAUGUAGGGAUGCAGUUAUUUGUUUAUGCCUUAUGAUGAUAGUAUGAGAUAGAUGUGGCAAAAUUUUUUAUUAUAAUCCGAAGAUAUGAAAAUGUUAACCCCUUCACUACGAGGAUGUUACUUUUGAUAUUUUACUUGGUUAACGUCAGGCGAUUUUAUUCAGCUGAGAGGGGACCCCAUAUACAAGGGGUUGAAUUUCAAAAGAAGCAUCAAAGUGUUCAGCAUUUCCCUUCCUUUUCAAGUUUUUGAUAAUAUCAUUUCCUCUAAGUUCAUAAUAUACAUGUAUAAUCAACACUGAAUUAAUGAAAAGAUUUACAGUAUGUACUUGAUUGCCCAAAAAGUUUAAGUUAAAUUUCAUGGGUGGGGAAGCAGAUGCUUGGAUGCGACUUGACUCCUUGGUGAUGAAAACUUAAUUUGAAGGCUAUCUUUUUUCAUCAAGUACCUUCAGUGGUGUGUAAUUUUGUCUUUCCAGUGCGAUAAAGAAGAAACCUUUGUGCCAAAAAGAAUAAAUUUUGGUUUUUGGUUACUUCAGCUACCCUGUUUUUUUAAUUGAAUUGAAUUGAAACAGUUUAUUUAGCCAGAAAAACACAGAUACAGAGUGGAUAAUAAUAACAAUAUUAACAUGGCUGAGCCAGUUGAGAACCUGAGCUCUCUUUUAGGCACCUGAUAUAUACUAUACAUUUAUCUCAAGGAUGUAUUAUGUAACAUUUAGUAACAUCUGGAAUAGUGCAAUAGCAUGGUAGUAAUAAGAACAUCUCAGUGUUAUCACUUCAAUAUUUAUUCAUUUUAGUUAUUAUUUUUUUUAUUUUUUUAUUUUUUUUUAUAUGUAAUAUAAGCAUAUACAUAAAUUAUAGUGGAAUUGAAAAACAUAAGUAUAAUGUUGCAGCAGUCUUGCCAAACUAAUCCAGGUGUUCAAAUAAUAAAAACCAACACAAAGCUGUGUUUGCCUACCACUAUUUCACUUUGGCUGUGUAACUGGAAACUUACAAUUUACUUUAUUUGGCCUUAUGAGUUUUUGUUUAGCUUUGGUUUACAAAAUUAAUAUCUAAAGAAAAAAGUUUUUUGGCAAUGUCAAUUAUAACCAUAAAUAUGUACUGUACUGUAAAUCUGAUUGCUGUUCCUGGCACUGUUGAUUUAUCUGUGAUACAGUUUGGUUUGUCGCUGUGCUCCAUUUAGACUAGUAUUUUAACAAGUUUGUAUGAGGAGUAACUUGACACAAAUUCUAUAUAUUUAAAAUUUUGGCCUGUAAAUCUUUCAUACAUUGUGUAGACUUUUUUCUUCACUGGAACAGUACACUGGAUUUCAUUUUGAUGUAAGUAUUAUUUCAUACUUUAUUGUAUUACAAGUUUGCUAGUUGAAGCUUGCAAGAUUUUUACAUGGAAAUACUCUUUUAUUUUAUUAUUUGAAAACUAACAAAAUAUGUUUGAAAAGAAAAUCACUGACAUGAUAAUGUUUUUAUACUCAGAAGAUAUAAUUAUUUUAUAUUAAUUGAUGUUUAAAACCUAAUUUCACGAACGUGUUCAGUCUAGUUGUUUCCAAAUUUUGUGUACCACAUGAGCCAGGUUGUGGUGGUUGUUAUGCCUCGGAUGUUGAGGCAUUAUUCAAUCAUGGUAGUAUCUAAUGAGAAACCCAACUAUUGUAUAAUAUUUCCUGGUUUAGAAAUACAGGUGUACAGUAUGUUAAAGUAUUAGCUGGGAUCUAUCAUUCCAUCCUCAUGAUUCCACUUGGCUUUAUAUCCUAUUGGCAUUACAGUACUUGUAAAAUUUAUAUAAUUGUGUAUAUAUAUGAAUAGUACUAUCAAAGUUCUUGCUUUCUGAUUGUGUGAGAAGGAAUGGAAAAUGAAUUGGAAUGUGGGAGUACGGAAUUGUAUAGUGUGUUACUAAUGUUUGACCAUUCAAGACAUAUAUAUAAGCCAUUGACUUUUCAGGAGGAGUAGCAGGAAUCUACAUAAGGGGAAUUAAAAACCUUGGUAUUUUUGCUUUAGUAAUUAUGUUAUGGGCUGCUGAAAAAGUCUGAACUACUGUUGGUCUUCAUAAAAUAUAAAGUGUCAUGCCUGUCGGUGAUUUUCAUAUUUUGAAAGAACAAGUACUGUAUUGUGGAAUGCCUUAGGUAUGGUUAUCUCAUUGUAUCAUUAAAGUUCUACUUGAUUGUUUUUGCAGAUCAUAUGAAUAUGAUUAAAGAACAGCAACCUCACAACUGGCAUUUGUAAUAUAUAGAUUAUGAAUUUACAUAUAGGCAUUUUCAAAACUGUAUUAGAAAAUUCUGUGUACACUUGUCAGUGCAACAUCUUUUGGGAUUCAGAUUACUUGCAAGAUGGUGUGACUAAAAAAUAAAGAUUUUGUGCUUU